AUGGAGGAGGCAGCAGCCACUGAGGAGCCGCCCCCAGCAUGGCUACCGCCGCCGGCAAUGGACGAGGCAGCGACCGCCGAAGAGCCAGCCUUACUUCCGCCUCCGGCAAUGGAUGAGGCAGCCAUUGAAGAUCCUCCACCAGCCUUGCUGCCGGCAAUCGACGAGGCGGCCACUGAGGAGCCGCCCGCUUUUGAGCCGGCCACUGAAGAGCAGGCCUUGCUUCCGGCCGCCGAAGAGCCCCCUCCUCCGCACACCGAGGAACCGCCACCCGGACAGGAAGAGCCGCCAGCUGAUGUGGCGCUAAUGGCCGACGAGCCGCCCACUUUGCUGCCGCUCACCGCUGAUGAGCCGCCGGCUUUGGAGAGCUUUGAGCCAGCCCCGGAGACGGAGGAGCCGGCAGCGGAACUGCUGCCCCCACCUGGGCCACCAGUGGCGGAGAGAGUGCUGCCCGCCUUUGAGCCCAUCACCGAGCUGCCUCCAGCGUGCGACCCGCCCAUCUUGGAGCCCACCUUUGAGCCAGUGGCGGAGAGGGCGU